AUGAGUGUAAAAAGCAAAAGGGAAGAAAAUUUAGAUUACAUUAAGCAAAAUAUUGGGUAUGACUUAGCCAAGUCAUUACUAUGGACUAUAAAAACAGACACAGGAGAUCCCCUGGGAGCGAUAAGAACACAUCUAGCUAACAUAACCUCCUUCAAUGAAGAAAAGAAAAAGAAGAAAAAAAUUUUAAUAAAAAAACUAAACUCGUAUAACAUCAAAAUACAUGAUGAAAUAAAUAAAAAUUUUGCAAAAAAGAGCUUAACAGAUUUAUACUCAUUUGUUGAUAAGAGGAAUGAAGAUUAUGACCUGUCUGAGGAUUUUACAGAAUUGGCAAAUUUAAUUAAAAGCGUUUUUGAUGUACAAAAUGUUUAUUUUGGGAAGAUCUACGAAACAGAAUAUAAAAAAAAAAAAAAAAAAAAAAUUCUGAAAUUUAUUUGUGCCACUGAAAAUUGCCAUUUAAAAAAUGAAAUCAUUUAUGAUAAACAACAAAUUUCAAACAUGUUUACACAAAUUCACUCCCCCAAAAAAAGAGCAAAUUUUAUUUCUUCAAAAAUAUUUCCAUUUGAAAAUAAUUUUCUCUUUCCUCAUCUUAUAUCUAAUCAUUAUAAUUAUGAACAGUCAGGUGAAAAUCUCUUCACUUGGCUCAACCCAUAUAAUCAGGAAGAUAGCUAUUUGCAAAGAAUAAAAAACACCAUUUUCUCGUCAGUGCAAAGUAAAAGGGGAAAAGGUUCUAAUGGGAAGAGUGCCAAUGGGGAGGAGCACAAGAAAGGAGAGGCUGUUGAAACGGAUGAGGGGAGUGGAACGGAUGAAACCGAUAUGAGAAAACAUAAUGACGAACCCAACGACAAGAAAGAUGAUCAUUCGGAUGUAGAUUUGACAGAAAGUGGUAGUAAUAACGAGGGCGAAGAGGAGGGGAGGCACUGUGAAAAUUCAGAGGAUUCGAAGGUAGAAUCGGAGUCAGCUGUGGGGAACAAAGAAUCUGAAUCAGGUGUGAGGCAGGUAGAAUCUGAAUCAGCUGGGUGCAAAGAAGAAACAGAAUCAGCUGUGGGGAACGAAAAAGAGUUUCAAAAUGAACUGCUUGACACUCUAAACAUGAACCUAUCAUACAACUGUAUUUACAUUUAUGAAAUAAUGGAGGAAGACAAUUCCUUUCUAUAUUCCACCAUGAAGCCAGGAGAUUUCUUACUAAUUCCUAUAGUGUAUCACACAUACUACAAUUUGCAUUUCCUCAAUCAAAUGUAUUGCUUUAAUAGAAACACUCAUCUCAAAUCUAUUCAAGAGACUGAUGCAACACAUGAGGUUAUUUCUCCAUGGGAAUAUAACAAAAAGGAUGGAAUGCAACCCUCAGGAGAGAUGAACAUAAAAGGAGGGAAAAAAAAGAAAAAAACGUAUGAACCGUCAGGGGAAAAAAAAAGUGAGAAGAUGAAUCUAGAUAGGAAAAAGAUCGAAAAGGUGGAAAUGUGUAUGUGUCUAGAUAAUCGUGGAAGCGUAAAUAAAAUAGACUCACGUCAAAUAAAUAAUCUCAUAAAUUUUAGCUAUUUUUUAAUUACACGAAUAGUGAAAGGAGAGAGGAAAUCUAUGGAACAGCAGGUGAAUUACAUGAUAAACUGCCAACAUGGAGAAGAAAAAAGAUGCAUUGAUGAGCUGCAUAGUAAAAUGGAAACCCCCAAUUUUGAGCAUGUCAUAAAUAAAUUUCAAAAAACGUUAACAGAUCACCAUUUUUACAAAAAGUCUGAAAAUUUAAUGAAAUACAUGUGUCUGCUUCAGUGGAUGAAAAAAAAAAUUUACAAGCAUCAGAAGAAAGUUCUCCAAAUUAAAAAAAUAAAGAUAGAGUUCAACCAAAAUUGCCUCAUUACCCUUUUCAGUUGCUUCAUUUUAUUGGGUUAUGAUUACUCACUCUUUACAUCGUUAAAUGAUACUUUUGAAAAAUGCGAAUGCGAGUGGAGGGAACUAAUUCUGUGUGUCGAUGAAUAUUUCAUUGACAACCUGAUGUCUUCCAACCCUCUUCUCUCCUUUGAGGAAAAAGGAAUAGAUAAAUUGCAGGAGAUCAUCUGUCUGCUGGAUAAAGUAUCCUCUUUAACAAGUAAAAAAUAUCCGCUUCAUAUGGAAAACAUAACUACGUUUGGCCUAACCCUCUUGGACCACUUCAAUCAGGUAACAAGGAACAUUUUAAACGAAGUUCUUAAAAUAAAGGAAGGAGAACCUGCCACUGCUUCAAAAUAG